CAUUACAUUUUGUUUCUUGUGCUGACUUACUAUUUUAUGUUUUUUAUGGAAAACUGUGAUAAAAGUAAAUUUAGCUCGGUGCGAGAUGGAUUCAUCAUCAGCUCUUGUUUUGGGUGGAACAGUUCAAGACAGAGAAGAGGCUGAGUGGAAGAAGUUUCAUAACAGGAGCAUCAUGGCUGCACUGUGUGUGUGUGUGUGUGUGUGUGUGUGUGUGUGCGCUGUAAGUAUCCAGUGUGAAGUAUCAUCCUCCCUUUUUCUCUCAACCAGCUGGUACUAAGCAGAGGUAUUCAUCCAUCCCCUCCUGCCUCCUCUUUUUUUUUCUCCUGCUGUCCCAGCUGCUCUCUCUACCUCUCUCUCUCUGCCUCCUCCUUUCUCACCCUUCCCUCCUCCUCCUCCUCCUCCUCCUCCUCCCCCUCCUAUCUCAACCUCCUUUCCAUCGUCAUUUCCCUCAUAUGUCCCGGCGAGACGUGUGUACAUAGAGGAUGGCUCAGUGCUCAGGUGCAGGCAGCGAACUCUGGGAACCAGUCUAGCAGGCAGCAGGACUAGUUUAUUUACCCAGACGACAGAGCACUCUGCUGGGGUAAGGGGCUGGAGCUUGAGCGUCUUCUUGGACCUCCAUCCUUGGAGCUCGAGUGUAACUUUUUUUUUUAAUCAAGAAGACAAUUCCACCAGACUGCAGAGCGUAUAUAUAUUUUGUAUUUGCUAUAACUGGCACUUGUUUUGCACAUUGCGCCCUGAGAAGUGGAAGCAGCUGCCUUCACAGUGGUGGAGUAUGUCUUGUCUCUGCCCUGCUUCAAACUGGUCCUCUGCAUCUGCACUGUGCUGCUAAGGGGGACAAGGAACAAAAGACUGAAGGGAAAUCUCAAAAAGCAUUUCCCUCUGACACACCUGUGAGGGCUUCCUUCUCUGACAAAAGCCCAGCCGAGGAUAUAGGAGGAACAAAAAGAUAAUUAGGAGCUGAGAAGAAUCGGGCUAAAGAGCAGACUUUGGCUCCGUCCCUCCCUCCCCUCCGCCUUCUCCCACCUGUGAGGAUUAAUUGGACCGGAGCAGCAUGGCGCACGCCGCCUCGCAGCUGAAGAAAAGGGCGGAUGAGAACAUCAACGCCGUGGAUGAUGAGAAGGAGAAGAAGAAGGCGGCGAGGAAGCGUUCCCGCGAAUUGAAGAAAAAGACGGAUAUAAAUGCCUGUUAUCUGAGAUCCGCUCGGGCCGGGAACCUCGAGAAAGCUUUGGACUACCUGAAGAAUGGAGUCGACAUCAACAUCUGCAACCAGAACGGUCUGAAUGCUCUCCAUCUGGCCUCCAAGGAGGGCCAUGUGGAGGUGGUGGCUGAGCUCAUCAAGCACGGCGCCAACGUGGACGCUGCGACCAAGAAAGGAAACACAGCCCUCCACAUAGCUUCCCUCGCUGGGCAGACGGACGUAGUGAAGGAACUCGUCACCCACAGUGCCAACGUCAACGCACAGUCUCAGAAUGGCUUCACUCCGCUGUACAUGGCGGCGCAGGAGAACCACAUGGACGUGGUGCAGUACUUACUGGACCACGGCUCCAGCCAGAGCAUCGCCACAGAGGACGGUUUCACACCGCUGGCGGUGGCGCUGCAGCAGGGCCACGACCAGGUGGUCUCCCUCCUGCUGGAAAACGACACCAAGGGGAAGGUCCGCCUGCCUGCGCUGCACAUCGCCGCACGGAAAGACGACACCAAGGCCGCCGCGCUCCUCCUCCAGACCGACCACAACGCCGACGUGGAGUCCAAGAUGAUGGUGAAUAGAACAACAGAGAGCGGAUUCACUCCUCUCCAUAUUGCGGCUCACUACGGCAAUAUCAACGUAGCAACGCUCCUGCUGAACAGAGGGGCGGCUGUGGACUUCAAGGCAAGGAAUGACAUCACACCGCUGCACGUAGCAUCCAAACGUGGGAACGGCAACAUGGUGCGACUGCUGCUGGAGAGAGGGGCCAAGAUAGAUGCACGGACCAAGGACGGUCUGACUCCUCUCCACUGUGGAGCCAGGAGCGGCCAUGAGCAGGUGGUGGAGAUGCUGCUGGACCGAGGAGCUCCGAUACUAUCGAAGACGAAGAACGGUUUGUCUCCGCUCCACAUGGCGACGCAGGGCGACCACCUCAACUGCGUCCAGCUGCUGCUGCACCACGAGGUUCCCGUGGACGACGUGACCAACGACUACCUGACGGCGCUGCACGUGGCCGCCCACUGCGGGCACUACAAGGUGGCGAAGGUCAUCGUGGACAAGAAGGCCAACCCCAACGCCAAGGCACUGAAUGGUUUCACUCCGCUGCACAUUGCCUGUAAGAAAAACAGAGUCAAGGUGAUGGAGCUUCUUCUGAAGCAUGGAGCGUCGAUACAGGCAGUCACUGAGUCCGGUCUGACUCCGAUCCAUGUCGCAGCGUUCAUGGGACACGACAACAUCGUGCACCAGCUGAUCAACCACGGGGCUUCACCAAACACCAGCAACGUGAGGGGGGAGACAGCGCUCCACAUGGCAGCGAGGGCCGGACAGUCGAAUGUGGUGCGAUAUCUGAUCCAGAACGGAGCACAAGUCGACGCCAAGGCCAAGGAUGACCAGACUCCGCUGCACAUCUCAAGCCGUCUCGGUAAGCAAGACAUCGUCCACCAGCUGCUGUCGAACGGAGCGUGCCCGGAUGCCACGACCAACUCCGGGUACACACCUUUACACCUGGCGGCCAGGGAGGGACACAGAGACUUGGCUUCAACGCUGCUGGACCAAGGGGCGAGUCUGGGCAUCAUUACCAAGAAGGGCUUCACUCCUUUGCAUGUGGCUGCAAAAUACGGGAAGAUCGAGGUCGCCAACCUGCUGCUGCAGAAAAAUGCUCCGUCUGAUGCUGCUGGGAAGAGUGGACUAACUCCACUGCAUGUGGCAGCACACUAUGAUAACCAGAAGGUGGCGCUGCUCCUGCUCAACCAGGGAGCUUCACCGCAUGCAGCCGCUAAGAACGGUUACACACCCCUCCACAUCGCAGCUAAGAAGAACCAGAUGGAGAUCACCACCACCUUGCUGGAAUACGGUGCCUCCACCAACACCGUGACUCGCCAGGGCAUCACUCCGCUGCACCUCGCGGCGCAGGAAGGCAACGUGGACAUCGUGACGCUGCUGCUGGCCCGAGACGCUCCUAUAAACAUGGGCAAUAAGUCCAGUCUGACUCCGCUCCACCUGGCUGCCCAGGAGGAUAAAGUCAACGUUGCUGAGGUCUUAGUCAACCAGGGAGCUACCAUAGACCCAGAGACCAAGCUGGGAUACACUCCUCUCCAUGUGGCCUGUCACUAUGGCAACGUGAAGAUGGUCAAUUUCCUGCUGAAGAAUCAGGCGAAGGUCAACGCGAAGACCAAGAACGGUUACACACCUCUCCAUCAGGCUGCACAGCAGGGACACACACACAUCAUCAACUUGCUGCUACAUCAUGGAGCAUCGCCCAACGAACUCACAUCUAAUGGGAACAGCGCUCUGUCCAUCGCUAGGAGGCUCGGCUACAUCUCUGUGGUUGACACACUCAAAGUGGUCACAGAGGAAACUCUGACCACUAAGACGGUGACAGAGAAGCACAAGAUGAACGUUCCAGAGACCAUGAACGAGGUGCUGGACAUGUCCGAUGAUGAAGUCUUUAGAGGCAAUGUGCCCGAAAUGAUCACAGAGGACUAUAUAUCUGAUGUGGAAGAAGAGAUUGAUGUUGGAAAUAUCUGCAUCAGCUAUUCCUGUGACGAUGCAAUGACGGGGGACACGGACAAGUAUCUGGCCCCCCAGGACCUGCGGGAGCUGGGGGACGACUCGCUCCCUCAGGAGGGCUACAUGGGCUUCAGCGUCGGCGCUCGGUCACAGAGCCUGCGUUCCUUCAGUUCUGAUAGGUCCAACACGCUGAACCGGAGCUCGUUCACACGGGACAGCAUGAUGAUAGAGGAGAUGCUGGCCCCCAAUAAGGAGAUGAUGCUCUGUAAGGAAAGGUCUUUCAUUGUAGAGAAACACAAUAAGCAUUUGGCGGUGGCUAAGGACUUUGACAACGACUCUCUGAGGAGAUACAGCUGGACUGCAGACGCACUGGAUAAUGUCAACCUAGUCGCCUCUCCGAUACACUCUGGUUUUUCCUCUCCGCUCCCGCAGUACGACAGCAGGUUCCUGGUCAGCUUCAUGGUCGACGCCAGGGGCGGCUCCAUGAGAGGAAGUCGUCACAACGGCAUGCGCAUCAUCAUCCCGCCCAGGAAGUGCACAGCGCCCACCAGGAUCACCUGUCGACUGGUCAAGAGGCACAAACUGGCGUCGCCUCCCCCGAUGGUGGAAGGAGAAGGCCUGGCCAGCCGACUGGUUGAGGUUGGUCCGGCGGGAGCUCAGUUCCUCGGUAAACUACAUCUUCCCAGAAAGCUGCCAGCCCUUAAUGAAGGCGAGAGCCUGGUUAGUCCAGUGCUACAGCUGGGACCCAGAGGAACUAGAUUUGUUGGGCCCGUGAUAGUGGAGAUCCCUCAUUUUGGCUCGAUGCGGGGCCAAGAGAGGGAGCUGAUCCUGCUGCGCAGCGAGAACGGAGAAACCUGGAAGGAGCAUCUGUACGACUACAAGGCCGACAACCUCAAUCAGCUUCUCAGUGGGAUGGAUGAAGAACUGGACAGUCCCGAGGAGCUGGAGAGGAAGAGAAUCUGCCGCAUCAUCACCAAGGACUUCCCACAGUACUUUGCUGUCGUGUCUCGAAUCAGGCAGGAGACCAAUCAGAUGGGACCAGAGGGCGGGACUCUGUGCAGCCGGAGCGUCCCAUUGGUUGAAGCUUCCUUCCCCGAGGGUGCGUUAACCAAGAAGAUCAAAGUCGGACUGCAGGCCCAGCCGGUACCGGACGACACUGUGAAGAAAAUCCUCGGGAACCGAGCAACCUUCAGCCCCAUCGUUACCGUGGAGCCCAGAAGAAGGAAGUUCCACAAGCCCAUCACCAUGACAAUCCCAAUCCCGCCUCUCUCAGGGGAGGGGCUCAGCAACGGCUACAAAGGAGACUGUACUCCUUGUCUCCGCCUUCUCUGUAGCAUUACAGGUGGUACGUCACCGGCACAGUGGGAAGACAUCACUGGCACGACUCCUCUCACCUUCGUCAACGACUGCGUCUCCUUCACCACUAAUGUCUCUGCCAGGUUCUGGUUAGCAGACUGCCACCAGAUCCCAGAGACGGUGGGUCUAGCCAUGCAGCUGUACAGGGAGCUCAUCUGCGUUCCCUACAUGGCCAAGUUUGUGGUGUUCGCUAAGACGAACGACCCAGUGGAGUCCAGACUGAGGUGCUUCUGUAUGACGGAUGACAAGGUGGACAAGACCCUGGAGCAGCAGGAGAACUUCGAGGAGGUGGCCAGGAGCAAAGACAUAGAGGUUCUGGAGGGCAGGCCCAUCUAUGUGGACUGCUACGGAAACUUGGCUCCUCUGACUAAAGGUGGUCAGCAGUUGAUUCUCAACUUCUACGCCUUCAAGGAGAACCGUCUGCCCUUCUGCGUCAAGGUGAGAGAUCCCAGCCAGGAGCCCUGCGGUCGUCUUACGUUCCUCAAGGAGUGUAAGACCAUAAAAGGCCUUCCCCAAACCGCCGUGUGCAACCUGAACAUCACACUUCCUGCAGUGAAGAAGGAAAUGGAGUCAGAUGCCGAGAAUGAGACUGAAAAGCCAGAACGACGUCAUACCUUUGCAUCCCUAGCCUUACGUAAGCGCUACAGCUAUCUGGCCGAGCCUGCACUGAAAACCGCAGUUGAGCGAAGCACAACAGCAAGAACACUGCCUGCUGGUUACCCUCACAAACCUGUCUUUCCAACCCGACCUUUCCCACCAUGGUCGACUGCUCCUAUUACCGUCCCUGGUCAAACAAGGCCCGUCGGAGUGGGGGGUUCCCUCACCUCUACCGAUUCACCGGCAGGCUCACCAGCUGCUUCUCCAUUGAAAACUUCCUGGCCCCUCUCCUCCCCAUCACCUGCAUGCGCUGCAACAAUCAAAGGCACCUUGAAUUCAUCCCCAGUUAAAUCAGUUAUCGACUCAAUAUCUUCAUCCCCCAUCAGGUCUUACAGGACUAUGCCCUCACCCAUUAAGACCGUUGUCCAGCUGGGUCAGUACCCUGUCCAGGGGUCUGCCAGCCUUGUGUGCUCUGGAAGCCCAUAUAAACCUGCCACAGAUCCAGCAUCAAUCAAAAACCUUGCUUCAGCAUACACAUCAAGGACUUCCCCACUUCACUCGAUACCCAAUGGGUCUGUACCAGACAGGCCAUCCGUCUCUAUUACUGCUCCAGCAUCGCCAAAGGGUUUUUAUAAAACCCUUGGGUCCACAAUUGCGUCAGAUGCAGGCGCACUUAACCUUUCUUCUGUUAAAAGCAUCUCCAACAUUUCCUCUUUGAAAACCUCUGUAGAUUCAACACACUCAUCCAGAGGAGGGAGGUCGUCGCUCUCCUCAAAUGGACAGACAACCAUUGCUUCCUCAGAAUUAUCGAUGAUGAACGGAUCAGUCUCUCCUGUAAAAUACCCAUCCUCCUCCUCCACACCACCCUCCCCUUCUUCUCGCCAUCUCUCAGAGAGAAGUAGCAGCCUUCAGGAGAGGAUCCAGGCCACCACCCAGGCAGCAACCUCUGGUGUCAGCGCGGCCAUAAAUGAAGCUAUAGACUCAUAUUCUGUGUCAGGCUAUGGCACUCUUAGAUCACUGUCCUCGCGUAGGUCUGCAGCAGCAAGCUCUGCUUACGGGUCUCUGAGAUCUGUAGCUGCCUCCUCCAGCUCGGCGGUUCCUUCCAACACGGUGAAUGUACCUGUGUUUUCGUUAAUCAAUGUCAUUCCAGAGACCCCUGCCAAACCAGGGCCUGGGUCUCUCAAAAUGGCACUGCCUGAUUCUUCUCGUGCCUCAUCCACAUCUUCUUCCUCUUUGUCUUCCUGCGUUACCUCAUCAAAAAUAAGGUCCCAACUGAAAUCCCCUCCAUUCAUCACACCGCCCAUUAUCCACCCAACUGGAACUACCAACCAGGAGAUACUAAAAGAUGUAGCAGAUAUGAAAGAGGACCUGAUCAGAAUGACAGCUAUCCUACAAACAGACACACUGACAGCAGCUAAAACUGUUCAAACAUCAUAUACUGGCACUCCUAAAGAGACAAAGUUAGAGGAUGAGGAACCUUUUAGUCUAGUGGAGAAAGUGAAAGAAGAUUUAGUGAAAGUCAGUGAGAUAUUAAAGAAAGAUGUCAAGAGUGAAGGUAAGGCUAUUGCAGGUAAGGAGAGCGCCUCAGAGGAUGAAUGGGAGGAAUUUUCCAAUGACGAGAUUGAGGAGGCACAAAGAAGUUCCUUCCCAGACUUUUACCCUCCUUUUGAUGAAAACACACUCCUGCUCAAGCAGCAGUCCAUGUCCAGCAAAGACUUAGAGUUGGCUAAAGUAGUAGACUUUUUAACAAAGGACAUUGGCGCUAGCUCUCUCUCCAGAAUGGCAGAGUUAAAAUGUAGGCACGAGGAGGAGGCGAAAAGGGAAGGGGAAGAGAAACAGAAACGUGUUCUUAAACCAUCUAUGUCGAUACAAGAGCACAAACUCAAAAUGCCUCCACCAGUCUCAGGCAUGCUCAGGUCUCCUUCAGAGAAAGACCUAAGCAAACUUACUGAAUCAUAUCAGGGGACGGACACUAUUUUGGAGUCACCCGAGGACCUGUCCCAUGAGCAGGAUAAGAGUCCACUGUCAGACAGCGGGUUUGAGACCAGGAGUGAAAAGACGCCCUCUGCUCCUCAGAGUGCAGAGAGUACAGGACCUAAGCCUUUGUUCACUGAUUCACCCAUACCUCCCUGCGUAAGUGAGACCAGGACUGAAGUGGUCCACCUUAGGAGCUAUGAGCUGCCUGAUGAUCCUUGUGAGCCUGUACUCAUGGGAGCUGCAUCUGCUCUUCCUUCUAUAGAGCCAGGUGCAGCUUCAACGAGCUCCAUGAAAGCCUUACAGUUGAAAAUGCCAGAAGAGGACUCCAUGAUGAACAAAAGUGUGUGUCGUAAAGAGGAAACUCAUAUCACUACUACAACUAGAAUGGUUUAUCACAAGCCCCAACUGACUGAUGGCGCAGAGAUAAUAGAGGAAGGUAUGUCAGUUAGAGAUAUCAUGAAAGCUUUCCAGUCAGGUAGGGACCCAUCUAAAGAACUGGCAGGCCUUUUUGAACACAAAGCUAACCAGGAUUCUGUAAAAGGUGAUGAGCUGACUCCUAGAUUUCUUGACAGAGACGUUAAAUCCAAACCCAAAGUUGAAAGGAUAAUCGAGGUUCAUAUCGAAAAGGGCCACAGCACAGCAGAGCCGACUGAGGUUAUUUUCAGGGAAAGCAAGAAACACCCUGAGCUUUAUGUGUACAAGGACUAUGGAAUUAAGGAACUGACUGAUUACGAUGAGGCCCAACAGGAAGAGGAGGAACUUAAUGCAGAAGAAUCUCUGCCCUCCUUCCUAGAAACAUCUCGCGUUAACACCCCUGUUUCACAGGAGGAGGAUAGUCGCCCAAAUUCCGCCCAGCUGAUAGCAGAUGAUUCAUACAAAGCCCUGAAACUAUUGAGCCAGCACUCCAUAGAAUAUUGUGACGAUGAGGUAUCAGAAAUCAGAGGCGAGUCAUAUAGGUUUGCUGAGAAAAUGCUUCUUUCCGAAAAACUUGAUGCGUCAUCGCUGUCUCACUCUGACACAGAGGAUUCAGCAACGGUGACUGACAAAAAACACCACCUAGUUUCUGAUGAGAGUGGUAGCCGUAGCACUGAGAGCCAGCAGCAUGGAAGCCCUAAACGAGAGUUUGUUUCUCAGUCAUCAAAAGAUGGAUCCCCUAUAUCUGGUAAAUUUGUGCACAGAGACGAACCAUCUCAGUUUGAUAAGGUAACAGUGCUUCACUACUCCACAGAGCAGGGCAGCCCCAAACAUGCUGUUUGGAUGCGAUUUACAGAGGAUAAACAUGACAGGAGCAGGGAUAAGCUCCUUUAUGAGGAUAGGGUGGAUCAAACUGUAAAGGAAGCUGAAGAAAAACUCAGUGAGGUAUCACAGUUCUUCCGUGACAAAACAGAGAAGCUCAAUGAUGAGUUGCAGUCCCCUGAGAAAAAGCCUGUUAGACGAGAGCCAAAGGAACCCAGGUCCUGGCCUAACUCAGCCUGCAGUACCCCUGAGAAAACACAGCAGAAACCUAAAGCAGAAGAGGGCUUCAGUAAAAGCAAACUCAGGGAGCCUUCUGUUGGUAAAAUGUUUGGCAGUACCACUACAACUGAAAAGAAAAGUUCCAGCUUACCGAGCAGUCCCCAGAGAAGCAUGCUCCCUCAUAUCAGUGAGGAUAAAAUCAAACAACAAACUACAACCAGUGAGUCUGAACCCUCUUCUCCCUCUCAUGUAAAAUCAACAUCUAAAGUGAGUGCUGUUAGGAUGAAGUUUGAAUCUGAGGCUCAAAAACAAAGUCAGUCUAGUCCAACUAAAACUCCUCCUCCAGUACAGCCAAAACCUUCAGUAAAGAAAUUACAGGAGAGCAAACUUCCUGUUUAUCAGUUUUCGGGAGGAAAAACGUCAAAAAUAUCUGAAACAUCAGAAAAGGUAUCCCCAAAAAAGGAUAAAGAGAAGGACACAUGUCCUGCCACAGACAGCAGUAAACAUGAUCUGAUAUCAUCAGCAUCUAAAGCUCCAAAACCUACAGGAGACAAGUCUCCAAACAAAAACAUCCCAGAGCCUUUGUUGCAAAAACAAAUUUGUGAAACCGACAGUCAAAAAGCAAUUACUAAAGGGAAAGAUAUUCCUUCUACUGUUACUCAGGAAAUUAAAGACAGCAAUAAAGGUCAGAAAGCCCAGACACCUGUUGUUCAUGAUACUACUAGACUACUAAUAAAAGAUAGCGAUGCUAAAAAGAGCCAGCAAGUCACAAAAAGUGAGUCUGCUUCCAAAGAAGUAAUAUCUGAGGUGUCAAGAAAAGACAGAGAAGAACCACCAAACAAAAACCUUAGAAAAAAGACAGAAUCCCGAAUUCCUGUAAUAUCGUCUUCCACUUUAGAUAAUGAACUCAGUAAGAAACAGACAAUAACUAAACCUUCACAGAUACCUACAUUAUCUAAGAGCAAAAUGCAGGCGAGUCUUGAGCCAACCCUGGCCAAAACAGAUGAAAAUCUGACCUUUGAAAUUCUAGAUAAUGCACCCAAAGAUUCCAACUCCAACAACAUUUCCAGCACCAGAGACACACUGGAGAAAGUCAUAACACCUCCAACUGCUGCAACAACCAAAGAGAACUUCAAGGGCAUCAAAACGUUGCCCGUUUAUGUCAGUGUCCAGGUGGGAAGGCAGGGAGAGAGGGAAGCCAAAGGAACACUGUACACAGUCAAAUCAAACUCAGCACUCAGCCCCAUAAGCCCAGAUGAUGACACGCUAGAACAGGUCUCUUUCGUAGAUAGCUCAGGGAAAAGCCCCCUUACACCAGAGACCCCCAGCUCUGAGGAGGUCAGCUAUGACCUCACGGCCAGGACCCCUGAUGGCUUUAUGGGAUUCUUGCCAGGGAAACCCAGCCCAAUCAUGGAGGUAUCUGAAGAAUCAGAGGAAGAUGACCAAAGCAAAGUUGUUUUCUCUUUUAAAGAGGUCCUACCAGAAAGCAAAACUACUGUUCACAGCACACAAGCGGAUCUCGCUAAUGCUAAUGAACAAGAAACAAAGAAUAAUGAUGAAGAGCUGGAGUUAGCUUAUAAUUUCAACCAGCAAGAAACAGCAGCCAAUGGCAUGCAUGAUGAAAUGACCGAGCAGGAGCACCAAGAGGUCUCAAAAGACAAAGGUGUCGCAUAUAUUGAGUUCCCUCCCCCUCCUCCUUUGGACUCGUCUUCAGAAAUGUCAGACUCUGAAAGGAAAGGUUCCUGCGCCUCCUCAGAGACUGAGACAGAAAUGAUGGAGGUGAACUUACAGGAAGAACAUGACAAGCACCUGCUGACCGAGCCAAUUAUACGUAUCCAACCCCCUUCCCCGGUGUCCGCGGGGGAAGAUGACAGUCUGUCAAAUGAUGAAGAUGCAAGGAAAGAAGAGGAUGAGUCAAUAUUUCAACCAAUUCCUUGUAGAAAACUCAGUUUCAAAGAUAAUGAGGAGGAGGAGAAGAGGAAGGAGAAGGAAAAGGCAUCUAAAUCCAAAAAACAUGACAAAAAUGGAAACAACAAAGAACCUAAUGGUGGGACCAAUGGCACCAAUGGCUCCAAUGGUUCUAAUGGUUCUAAUGGUUCUAAUGGAAAAGGAGAGGACUAUGAAUAUGAACAAAAUGGAAAUGACCAGUCAAUUACAGACUGUUCAAUGGCCACAACGGCUGAAUUUUCUCAUGACACAGAUGCGACAGAAGUUGACUCCCUAGAUGGAUAUGAACUUCAGGAUGAGGAUGAUGGCCUGUGCGAGCAGGCAGAUUUACGUCAGUUUGGUCUUCCAGACAGCCGGAGAGACGUCUGGGCCACAGACACAUACAGGUCCACUGACCGCUCUUUUCCUCCGACCAAACUGGAAGUUAUUGAAGAGGAGAAAACCCCGGAAGAAUGUCCAAAGGACACUUUCAAAAAAGAUACCCCCUCAAAUGGCGGAAUACCUGAUGGUGUUAGUAAUAUUGGGGUUAAAGUUCAGGAACAAAACAAGUCAGAUAAAGAGGGAUUUUCAGAUACUUACUUUAGUUAUAAGUUAGAAGAGGAGUUUAAUUCUACUUUUAAGACUGUUGCCACUAAGGGGCUGGACUUUGACCCCUGGCCCAGUAAAGGUGGAGAAGAAGAAGUCGUUGACAUGGGAGGGACAAGGGGAAGCAAUGGUGAGCCUAAGCCUUUUGGACUGGCAGUGGACGACCAGUCUCAGGCCACAACACCAGACACGACCCCAGCCCGAACACCAACGGACGAUAGCACGCCGACGAGCGAGCCGAAUCCAUUUCCCUUCCAUGAAGGGAAGAUGUUUGAGAUGACACGCAGUGGUGCGAUUGACAUGAGCAAGAGGGACAUGGUGGAGGAGAGGCUCCAGUUUUUUCAAAUUGGCCCUCAGAGUCCCUGUGAGAGAACAGACCUCCGUAUGGCAAUAGUAGCCGACCACCUCGGACUCAGCUGGACUGAGCUGGCCAGGGAGCUGGAUUUCUCUGUGGAUGAGAUCAACUUUAUCAGAGUGGAGAACCCCAAUUCCCUGACAGCACAGAGCUUCAUGUUCCUAAAGAAAUGGGUGCACAGGGACGGUAAAAAUGCCACAACGGAUGCUUUAACUGCGGUGCUGACUAAGAUCAAUCGGUUGGAUAUUGUGACUUUGCUGGAAGGGCCCAUAUUUGACUACGGUAACAUUUCAGGCACACGCUGCUUUGCCGAUGAUAACGCAGUAUUCCCGGAUCAGUCCGAUGGAUACGACAAUAUAGAUCUGGAGCUGCAAACCCCCACAGACCUGAACUACCAGCCCCCCACUCCGCUUCGCUCAGACGACUUCUUUAGCGAAGGCGAAGCUAGCGCAGACUCCCCUAGCAGGAUCACGCUUACUAGACCUAGCGACCUCUCUCUCACUCAGACCACCAGUACCUCCAGCAGCGACCCCCCCACAGUCGCCGCUGGCCCCACCUUCAGUGCCCCGCAGCCCCCUAUCGUUGGGGCCGAAGAUACAACCUGGACCGCUGGAGAAAGAGAUUAUGAGAGGCCAGAUAAUGACAGACGGUCAGUAGAGCAAUUAGGAAAGGGAACAGACGGGCAUGCGGAGGCCUUAGAGAAAGAACUGAAGGCAGGGCUUGUUUUGGAGCGUCAGGGAGAAGAUGCUGCCUCAGACACCGCUCAUGGAAAUGGAAGGCAGGAAGAAGAAGAAGAGGAGGAGAUGACUCCGGAGAGGCUGCAGAGUCUGCUGGAUGACAUAAAGCAGGAGGGAGGCUUGGAGGACGAGGAGAUGACAGAGGAGAGGAUGAAUGAGAUCCUCGAACAACUGCAUCAAGCAGAAAAAGACGUGUGUUCAGUUCCAGGCUGGAGAUGCGAGACGUCCGGCGCGAUCGUAGAGUCGGCAGCCACUGGCCACAGCCCCGGCACCGAGGAGGGCAGCCCCGACAGUCUGGCUGAUUUGUUGGAGCAGCCUCCGGCUCAGACCGGCAGACAGAACGGAGGUCACAUCGACGCAGCGAUUGAAGAAAAGGAGAAGGAGGCCAAGAGGAAAGGAUCUCAGGAGGACAGCAGCACAGCGGGACCAAGCAGAGGCCGGCAGGAGGGAGGUGAAAGGUCACAGCACAAAGUCCAGGAGAGUGUUAGAGCUGACGAGUCCAGCUCCGAUGAGGAGACCACUGUCACCACCAGGGUGUACCGCAGACGAGUCAUACUCAAGGGAGAGGAGGCCAAAAACAUUCCUGGAGAGUCUGUGACGGAGGAGCAGUUCACAGAUGAAGACGGGAAUCUGGUCACCAGAAAAGUGAUCAGAAAGGUGGUGCGCCGUGUGUUCAACACGGAGGACAGGAGGGAAAGUGAGGGCGUAACUGUUACAGAAGAAGGAGCUGCUGCUGGUUUUGGUGGUGGUGGUGGUGGAGCAGGCGCUGCUUCUUCAGCAGGAGCUACGGGGGGGAAGGGCAAGAAGAGGGGCAAGCGCUCCCGACAGGGCAACAAGGCUGAGAAGUCCGGAGAGAAAACUGAGCCUGGAGGCAACGGCAGCAAGAAACAAGGGAAGAAGAGUCAGUCAUAACAGUAGAGCUCUCCACUGAACCAGGUUCACUGACGUCCGCCCGCGACACAAAACAAACGCACCAAUGGGAGGAAAAACAAGACUGGAAGCCUCGUCAAUCGGCCAAAACAACGUGUCUGAAGCUUUCACUUACAACGCAUGGUUUUUCAGCAAGACAAACGCAAAACAAGUUACUUUUUCUUUGAUUUCGCAUGAGCAUGUCACCAAAAACUCACUCACUGUUGUGGAAACGACACCGGAAAAAGGACACGCGUGGACGUGAGCUGGAGCUUUAUCUUCCACGAAUGAGAGGCGCCUGUGUGACCAAAGAUGGCACAAGAAACGAGGAAAACUAAACGCUGACAGAUAAGGAAGACGUGUGAUUCACUCUCUCCCAAACACUCGCCUUACAUGCUCUAUUUUCUCCUCCUGGACCCGCAGUAUUGGGGUGUACCAUGUGGUUCUUUUUUUAAAAAUGAAAUAUAAUAUUAAAUGGGUGAUUUUUGUUGUAUAUAAAUGACACUGUAUAAAAUCUUUAAACGAAAAAAAAAAAAAAAAAUCAGUAGCUUCACAGAUUGUUUAUGCACUGAUUUGAGUUGAAGCUUUGCAGAGUCGGUGCAUUUGUAUCGAGAGGUCGACACUGUCUGAGCAGCCUUGAGUGUGCGACCCGAUGCUCUUCCCCAAACCAAUACGAAAGGAACAAAAAAAACACGCUGUAUGUUAACGAGAAACGAACGGACGCAAAACAAAUGAACCGCUUGAUUUUAAACAAAGGACGUUUCUUUAACAGCUUCUUCCGCUCUUGUCUGUGGAACUUUGUCUUCAGAGAGAUAAUAUUUUGCUGCAUGUGACGUCACUUUAUUUGAUUUUCCUCCUGAUUCAAAAGCACUGUAAUACAAUUAGAGAUGGUACUGCUGUCCUUGUGAGCACUCAUAACUCAAACAUCUGUCAUAUAUAUCUGUUUUUAUUUAGUUUUUUACGGAAAUUAAAACGCACACACGCUCCGCAUAGCAAAGCUUCAGGAAGGUACUGACGGUGUCCCCAAAUGUAACCUGCAGACUGGAACAUUGUGUUAUCUCCUAACAGCUAGCAGCCCUGUGUGUGUGUGUGUGUGUGUGUGUGUGCAUCAUCAAAUACAAAUGUCUAUCUGUGAGGCCAUUACGCAUACUAGAAGUGUACAUUUUAAGAUGUGCUGUGAUUUUAAAAAGGGGACUUUUAUUUUGACGGUGUGAUGACUUCUAUCUUUAUUUAACAGGUUCUAAUUACAUGAAAACAAGGAAUCUCUUUUUUAGCCCCAUCAUCCAAAUAUUGUUCUUUUUGUUUACGGUUAAAUGAUCACACAUUGUUAAAAAUCUCAUCUGUGUAAUUUCUUUCUUUCUUUCCGUUUGUCUUUUUUCAUACAAAACCACCCUCAGCAUCCAUUGUUGAUGAUAAAUCUGGUACCAACAUGUAUGACAAACCAACAUAGCCUACACUGGAUGACCCAAUUAUUUAAACAGAAAAAUAAACUGUGUUUAAACUGAA